AUGGAUGUCCACCUGAGAUGGAAUAACCAUCAGACUACACUAUUAUCUGUCUUCAGCUCCCUUCUAGAUAAUGGGGAUCUGGUAGAUUGCACAAUAAGUGCUGAAGGUCAAUAUUUCAAAGCACAUAGGGUGAUUCUCUCAGCCUGCAGUCCAUAUUUUGAAUUAAUAUUCAGCCAACAUCAUGAGAAGCAUCCAGUUGUUAUACUGCCAGAUGUAAAGUUUCAAAUUUUGAAGGCUCUGAUGGAGUAUAUGUACUCUGGAGAAGUGAAGGUCCCACAGAAUAAGCUCUGUACCAUCCUUAAACUUGCCGAGACUCUACAGAUUAAGGGCCUGUCAUUUGCUGGUGAUGGAGAAAUGAAAAACAAACUUGGGCAUAGGAGAAGGAAUGAGUCUACCAUUCUCCAUGAACAACACGGUUUUGGUAAACAUCUGUGUGAACCCAGACACGGUUCUCAAGUUGAGCAGAAAGGAGAUGUUUCCUCACCACACACCUUAGGAAAGGAAUGCUCUGAAGACAUUGAUUCCCAUCUGCCGGCUGCUCAGGAAAGUGAGACUGAUAGUUCCACUUAUGUCUCCCACGAAAAACCAGUUGAUGAGCCAGCAAUGUCCCAAGACGUUAGUGAUACUGAGGCCUUCAAUGUGUUUGAGUGUUCAUCUCUCACAAAAAUACUCACUAAAUCAAACACCCGUGUGUCUGGGAUAUUAUUAAACCCAGUUUCCAGUAGUUUAGAUUCCAAUGAAUCGCCAGGAACAUCCAGAGAGAAUAUUGGAGAACAGCGAAUGGUAAGUGAAAAUGUGCUUCCAACACACACAACUGGCAAAGAACUGAGAAUGUCAGAACCUCUAGGUAUGUUUGUUGAAAGACCAGUUGUGGACCUUCUGCCAGAAAUAAAGCAGGAGGAUCCAGAUGGUGACAGUAUAGAGGAGAUAAUCCUAGAUGAUGACAUCAGUGAAAGUGACGAUCGCAGUCACGAUGGUGGUGACGACAACCACAGUAUUGUCAGAGAAUUACUGAGAGAGAUACCAGAAGACUCCUUUAGUGAUCAAGGUUUCUGCAGUCUAGAACAACACAGGGACACAUGCUUUGUAGAACCAGCAUCAAUCUUACCUAUUCGAUUUAGAUGUGAUGCGUGCGGGAGGUCAUAUCGGUAUCACAGAGGUUUGUCGAGGCACUUGAAGUACGAGUGUGGGAAAGAACCACAGUUCAGGUGUCCUCAUUGUCCUGCGAGAUAUACUCAGAAGCACCAUUUAAGAACACACAUGGUGAGGAAUCAUUUAUCUUACUAG